AUGACUGAGGCUCUCAACCGUCACUACCAGCUUUGUGAGGAGAUCGGCCGGGGGCGCUUCGGCGUCGUUUCCCGUUGCAUCUCGCCGGAAACUGGUUCCCACUACGCCGUCAAGUCGAUCGACAAGCGGCUCACCACCGGUGACUUGCUCGACUCCCAGUCCCUCAUCGCCGAGCCCAAGGUCCUCCACCUCCUUUCCCAACACCCGCACGUCAUCAACCUCCACAACCACUACGAGGACGACUUCCAUCUCCACCUGGUCCUCGACCUCUGCUCACCCGAAGAUCUCUACAGCCGCAUCGUCAGCCGCCGUUUCAUUCCCGAGCCCGAGUCUGCCAUCCUCAUGUCCCAGCUCGUCCAGGCCAUUGCCCACUGUCACAGCCUUGGCGUGGCCCACCGCGACAUCAAGCCCGAAAAUGUCCUCUUCGAAGUAUGCAACGGUCGCCUCAAAAUCGCCGACUUCGGGUCCGCGGAGACUUUCAAGGACGGCGAGCUCAUGAGUGGGGUUGUUGGCUCGCCCUACUACGUGGCCCCCGAGGUCUUGUCCGGGGCGGAUUAUUGUGAGAAGGUCGACGUCUGGAGCGCCGGCGUCGUCUUGUACGUAAUGCUAGCGGGGUUCCCUCCGUUUUAUGGUGACUCCGCGGUGGAGAUCUUCGACUCCGUGCGGAGGGCCAAUCUCAGGUUUCCAACUAUGUUUUUCCAGUCAGUGUCUCCGUCGGCAAAGGACUUGAUCAGAAGGAUGCUCUGCAAGGACGUUUCUAGAAGAUUAUCGGCGGAGCAAGUUCUGAGACACCCAUGGAUAAUCAGUGCAGGUGGAGGGAGUGGUUGA